CUCUCGUUGUCUUGGUUUUGAUUUUGGCAGAUUGUGCUUGGAAUCAACAGUUUCGGUUAUUCGAUAUAUGAGUACUGUUAAUUCUAGGGUUCUAUCACUUUCCUCUUCGGAUCUUUUGCCUAUGGGUUCCAGAAUAAAAGUUUUAGGGUUCUUCUUCCCUUUAUUGCGAAUUAAGUCAUAUGCAUUGCCUCUGAUUGUGCGAAUCAUGUUGUAGUUCCAAUCUUUCUCUUAAUACGAUGAGAAUAAUUGUAGUUAGUUGCUAAUGAACCUUGGUUUAACAAUCUGUAGGUAAAGUGCUAUAUCUCGUUUCCCCUGUCUCGGUUCAAGCUUUCAAGAGAAUUGUGAUUGAUUCUAUAAGGGCUCUUUGUCAGUACAAUGGAAGCUAAUAAGGAGCCUGGUAAUGUGUCAAGUAAUUCGAGCAAUGAUAAAGAGAAGUCGUCUGAGGAGAUCUUUGUCAACCAUGCCGAGAUUGCGUGGCAAGAGAUGAGAAAGAAGUGGGUUGGUGAUCCGUCUAAUAGGACUUCAGAGAUGCCUGAUGAACCUGUAAUUGGUUUCAACGCUACCUAUGAAGACUUGCUCACAUCCAACACUCCUUUCAACAAGCCGAUCCCUCUAGCUGAAAUGGUGGAUUUUCUGUUCGAUAUCUGGCACGGGGAUGGUCUUUUCGAGUAGGUAACAGAGAGGGGAUUCUCAGUAUUCUUGGUACAGAAAUUUAGUUGCAGGAUGGCUCUAAUCCAUUUAGGUUUAAAGGAUCAAAGUCCUUUAUCUUUAGAAGAAACUCUUGUUUUUUCCAUUGACUUACCAUGAAGAUAUAUAACUAAAUUAGGUUCUUUUGAGAUUCUCUUCCAUGAUAAAUUCACCAAACCUGUAUCAUGCUUCUGAUGCCAUUUGGUUCUUUUCUUUAAGAUUGACACUUUAGUAGUGGAAUUUAAAAGAAACGGUAGAGACGAACUUUGGGAUUGGGUUAAGAAAAACGUGUAUGAUCUUGAUAAGUGCGACUGCG